AUACACACGUGCACGGCUCAGUUAUUGUCAUGUCUUGAUAAAGCAACAUCUCGUUACAACGAAAAUAAUGUACAUCAGUCCUCUCUACAAAUCAGCUCGUAGAAAUACAUUUUAAAUGUUUUCCUGCCUAAUAAAUAAUAGUAUUAUAAUAAAAAUAUAAUAAUUAAUAAUGGUGCUUCAGUGUUUUAGUCCAUUUGUGAAACAAUGCAUCGUCACGAUCGGUGUGACAAUCAACAUGGCGGGUAUGGGGCUGGUGCUGGGAUUCUCCACCGUGCUUCUUCCACAAUUGAAGGAACCAGAUUCUAUAAUACAAAUAAACGACUCGUCCGGAUCAUGGAUAGCUGCCAUACCUGGAUUUUCUAUCGUCGUUGGAAACUUCACUAUACCUUCAAUAAUGACCAAGUUUGGAAGAAAAGUAGCAAUACUGGCCACCAUAGCAGUCUCUGCUCUUGGGUGGUUAUGCGUUGUUUUAUCUAACAGCGUGGAACUAAUGAUCGCAGCUAGAUUUAUACAGGGCAUCUCAAUCGGCAUGAUCACAGUACUUGGACCAGUUAUAAUUGGGGAAUGCACCAGCCCCAAAAAUAGAGGUGCAUUUUUGAUGACGAUAGCAUUAUCUAUAGGCUUUGGAGUGUUUCUAAUACACACAAUUGGCAUUUAUUUGCAUUGGCAGACGACUUCUUACAUAUGCAUAGCUUUCGUGCUAGUAGAUUUAUUUAUAGUAGUACUAACGCCAGAGACACCUAAUUGGUUAGCGUCUCAAGGUAAACACGAUGAAUGUAGAAAAGUAUUUAGAUCCUUAAGGGGUGAUAACGAAGACGAGGAAUUAGAGAAAAUGAUAACAGCUAGUAUAGUUGUAAAUAAAGAAAAAGAAACGGAACACGAGCCUAAAACGUUUGUUAAAAGAAUGGAAGCUAAUUUACGUUAUUUGAAAGCUACAGUUAAAGAGAGAGCGUUCUAUAAGCCUGUAUUAGUAAUGUUGCAUAUUUACACGAUGGCCCAAUGGAGUGGUGUGAACAUUGUCACCUCGUAUACGAUGGAUUUAGUGGAAAACGUUAUAGGACCUGAAGCCAACGUUGCUAUAAUGAUAAUAUCUAUAGAUAUACAGAGGUUAAUUUCGAGCACAAUCAGUUUAAUAAUAAUAAGGAAGAUUAGAAGGAGACUGUUGUUAUUUAUAACGGUGUCAUUAGAUUUAAUAACGUUCAUAGUUUUAGCUGGAUACACGUAUGCAAAACAGAAUGAUUUGUUGCCAUACGAUAGUCCUUAUAUAGGUAUUGUGUUGAUUCAUAUCCAUGUGUUUUCCAUAGUGACAGGAGCGAUGCCAUUAUCAUAUGUGCUAGCUGGUGAACUUUAUCCUAUGCAAUACAAGGGUUUGUGCGGAGGUAUCAGUUCAUUGUUUAUGUCUUUAAAUGUUUUUCUUGUUGUUAAAACUAUACCUGUAUUAUUUAGUUCAAUAGGGUUUCCAUUCACAUAUUUAUUAUACGCGUGUGUGGUCGGUUACUGCUUAUUUGUAACAAGUGUAUUCUUGCCGGAAACCAAAGAUAGAACAUUGCAAGAUAUCGAGGAAGAGUUGAGAGGAAGGAAACUCUCUUUGACACAUUAAAAUUUUUAAGAUCACAUAUGUAUUGAGAGAAUAAAUUGUAAACAAUGGUUCUGAUAAUGACCAGGUGGUCUACCAUGAAAUGAAAUUCCGAAUUUUCGGACUCAAUUUCAUGUUUUUGUUCGUACCAAUAUCGACCCAGUAAAUGGAGUUUAACAUUCCGUUCAUCAUAAAUCCUAUCCUAAUAGUUCAGGGGAACGAUAUUUUAACAUUUUUAAUAAUUUUAAACGGCGUGUAUUAUGUAAUUUUAACAUCAAAUUUCUGUUUCGUUCGUCUCCGAAAUUUCGGAAAAUAUUUCAUGGUAAGCCCUCAGUUACUGAGAAUCGUCUAUGUAAUACGAGUAAUGACCGAACCGAUCGAAUAUUCCAGAAUUUUAAACCGUCCAGGUCAUUAAUGGUUGCCAUUUAUAAAAAUUAAUAGUUUAUUAACAUUUUCAUCGUUUAAUGCUUUUUCUUAGCCUGCUUUCUGCCUUCCAUUUGUAAUGUUGUUAACGUAAUUUUGUAAGUGGGACAAUUAAAACAAUAACGGUACAGAACUUCUGUGAAUUGGAUAAAACAUUCCUUUUUAUGUUUCUAUUUAUAGUCACUAAACAUAAAUACAUACUAUAAAAAUAAUAUUAUCCACUCUGAUUCAUACAAUGUUAUUUAUCACCACGCCCUAACACAGCCGGUCCGAAAUAAUCCCCCUAUCCCUUCAGGUGGGGAUAUACAACAGUCUGAGACGUGGUUCGACCUGCUUACCGUCGUGGGUAACCCUCAUACUAUCCGGUGGACAGGAGACGGCGAAAGGCCGCUCCGUAAGUCCUUCCGCAGGUUUGGAGUACCGCCUGCACUCGCCCCAUUUUUCAUUCGGUGAAGCUGUAUAUAUAGGCCAUCUGCGUCCAACAGCAUAGGGUAGUUUAAAACAACACAUCCUAAUAAAUAAAGUGCCAUAAGAAGUGUUUGUAAACAUAAUAUUGUUAAAUAAUUAAUAUAUAAACUUUGUUCUUCGAUUGAAUGCGUAAAUUUAUUUUUUUAUAACUCUUAAUUAAAAUAUAAAUAAAUAUUCUUCGAGAGUUA